AGAGCACUGAGUCGCCCCCGGCGCGGCGCCCGGCAGCCAGCGAGGCGGGCAGAGGCGCGCGGCGGCCGAGCCGAGCGGCAGCAGGCAGCUGGUUUAUAGCUCACCGUUGGUGGGGAGACACAGAGCUUCAGUGGACAGUGAGCGGCUGGAUUCAACAAGCCCCCCCCUUUCCCACGCCUGCAGCAAGGAGGCCUACUUUGUCCUUGGGGCAGCUUCUGUCAGGGACGCGGAACCAGUCCUCCUGGCCAUGGGAGGGGCAGUGGUCGAUGAGGGCCCGACGGGCAUCAAGGCCCCGGACGGGGGCUGGGGCUGGGCUGUCCUUUGGGGCUGUUUCGUCAUCACAGGCUUCUCCUACGCCUUCCCCAAAGCGGUCAGUGUCUUCUUCAAGGAGCUCAUGAGAGAGUUUGGGAUAGGCUACAGCGACACGGCCUGGAUCUCCUCCAUCCUGCUGGCUAUGCUGUACGGGACAGGCCCGCUCUGCAGUGUGUGUGUGAAUCGCUUUGGCUGCCGGCCCGUCAUGCUCGCAGGUGGCCUCUUGGCGUCCCUGGGCAUGGUGUCUGCGUCCUUCUGUGGAAGCAUCAUCCAGCUCUACCUCACCACGGGGGUCAUUACCGGCUUGGGUUUGGCGCUCAAUUUCCAGCCCUCGCUCAUCAUGCUCAACCGCUACUUCAACAAGAGGAGACCCAUGGCCAACGGGCUGGCGGCAGCGGGCAGCCCGGUGUUCCUGUGUGCCCUGUCCCCACUGGGGCAGCUGCUGCAGGACCACUACGGCUGGCGGGGUGGCUUCCUCAUCCUGGGCGGCCUGCUGCUCAACUGCUGCGUGUGCGCUGCGCUCAUGCGGCCCCUGGAGGCACCUCAGCCUAGCUCGGCUUCGGGGCCUGGGCCCCAGCGGCCGUCCCGGCGGCUGCUGGACCUGAGCGUCUUCAGGGACCGCGGCUUCGUCAUCUAUGCCCUGGCCGCCUCCAUCAUGGUGCUGGGGCUCUUUGUGCCACCCGUGUUCGUGGUGAGCUACGCCAAGGACAUGGGAGUGCCUGACACCCAGGCAGCCUUCCUGCUCACCAUCCUGGGUUUCAUCGACAUCUUUGCAAGGCCCACCGCUGGCUUCAUCACCGGGCUCAAGAAGGUCCGGCCCUACUCUGUCUACCUCUUCAGCUUCGCCAUGUUCUUCAAUGGCUUCACCGACCUCACAGGAUCCACGGCCAGCGACUAUGGCGGCUUGGUGGUCUUCUGCAUCUUCUUCGGCAUCUCCUACGGCAUGGUGGGGGCCUUGCAGUUCGAGGUGCUCAUGGCCAUUGUGGGCACCCAGAAGUUCUCCAGCGCCAUUGGCCUCGUGCUGUUGCUGGAAGCCAUAGCCGUGCUCAUUGGGCCACCGUCGGGAGGCAAGCUCCUGGAUGCGACGCACGUCUACCAGUACGUGUUUAUCCUGGCGGGGGCCGAGGUGCUGACCUCCUCCCUCGUGCUGGUGCUGGGCAACUUCUUCUGCCUUGGGAAGAGGCCUGAGGUGGUCACGGAGGAGGAGAGCCACAAGCCCCCUGAGGACGUGAGGGUGGACUCUCGGGAGGUGGAGCACUUCCUGAAGACAGAGCCUGAGAAGAACGGGGAGGUUGUUCACACCCCGGAGACGAGUGUCUGAGCUGGGGGAGGCCAGCUGGGGUGCAGGGAACUGGACAGAGACCAUCAACGCUCGUAUUUAUUUCACAAACAGGACUAGCUUGGGCAGGGCCGUUGGCUCCACGCCGGCUGCCCGGGCAAUGGAUCAUCGCCCGAUCCGUGUUUUGCAGGGGAGGUGGCGGGGUGGGAACGUGUCAUUCCGAGGCGGAUCUGUGGUGAAGCCAAGCCGCGAGGUUAUGAGCCGUCUGCACCGGGGACCCCGUCUGCUGACCCCAGGGAGCCCGGUGCCCACCGCUGGGCUCAAGGACCCAGAGACCCACGCUUCGGAGACAACACGACUUUAAUCAGGGGGUGGGGCCAGGGACAGCUGCGGAGCGGACACUGCCAUGACGGGCCUCCCUGCGUGCCCGAGAGUGCCCUGUCCUGCCACGUCUCCCCAUGCGCCCCAGCCCACCUCUCUCUGAGUAUCUAGUGGACAGAGCUCCCUCCUUCACCUCUGAAAUGUUUGAGAUAAACCUGCUCUACACAGGGGCAGUGGUCUAACCAUUCACCCCAAAUCUCAGAUUCUCAACAAAUAGCCUGAUUAUUUUUACAAAGUGGUUCUGGUCCUCAUCAGCCAUCUCAGCCUUCUAAGCACUGCUGGUUCUCGACCCUACCCUGUUGGACCCCAAACGGCUUAGAGUGUUCACAUAACGCCCUGGCGGUUGGCAGGGAAGAGGCCACACUGCAGGGGUGUGUACACUUAAGCUGAGAUAUACGUGUGGAUUCUGUUCACUGGUGUGUUUAAAGAAAAUGAUCUGCCUGCCUUUUAUUUGCCCCUCGGUCAGCUGACAGUCACCCCACGUGGUCAGCACCUGGGGUUGAUAUCUGCUCCCCAUCCUCCUCGAACAGCCCCUCUCGGCCUCACCCUG